AUGAAAAUCAGGAAGAGGAGCCCGCUUUGCAAAAGGAACCCUCAAGCAAGUAGCGGCAGGGAUCAUGGUGCGAGGAGGCUCCUCGACGAAUACUACAAGGGAAUCCCGGGCAUUGAAUUACAGAUAGAGAAAAUACUUGAAAGUUUCCACGUCAGUAAAUACGACUAUAAAAUUACUCACCUUUUAGUGGAUAUAAUACAAAAUGAAACGAUAAAAAUUUUGAGAAAUGCAAAAAAUAUAAAAAAAAAUGGCAUCGAUAGGAGACUCUUCAUUAAGGCCAACCCUACAAAGAGGGAGGACAGGAAGGAAGAUCUUAUCUGCCCUGAUUUGGUGAGAAGUUCCAACAAUGGGGACACCAUAAAAGAGGCUGAUGGAAGUAAGGGGAUGGUUGAAGAUCAGGCAAGAAUUAAUCAAAGUAAAGUAACUAUAGACAUUUCCAAAGAUGCAAACGGGACUCAUUUUAAUGGUGAAGUGAUUGAUGAUAGGGUAACACAGAAAGUGUCACCUGCAAUGGAAGCCGACCCGCCCAAUGAACGUGGCGGGGAGGUGGAGAAGGAGAAUGGGAGAAAUGAUAUGCAAGGAGACGAUAUAGGAAUCGGUUCAAGGAUUGACACCCAACAUAGUACAGACGAGCCCGUGGUUCGAACACAGGAGCAAAGUCAGGACAAGGACGGCCUUGCCGAAUUUCCAUGUGGGGCAGAAGAUGGCACGAAAGAGGAAGCCGCAGAGAGGGGUAAAGAAGAAAGCCAAGGUGAUCUUGAAAAUGGAGAGGAGAAUAAACAGGUGAAUUUGGAGGAGGGUCAGCAGAAGGUGGAAGCUGAGACGCUCCAAACCGGGCAAACAGGGCAAACAGGGCAAACAGGGCAAACAGGGCAAACAGACCAAACAGACCAAACAGACCAAACAGACCAAACCAGCCGAGCAGACCAAACCGCCGAGAGCUUCAGCAUCUUCAGAACCUUUUCGAGCUACUUUGCCAAAGUAAAUAAACCAAAUGAGGAGGACGGAGGAGCACCCUUGACGAAGGAAGAAGAAAGCCAACCGGACAAAUUGGACAUCGGUGAAAGUAAAAAUAAAGAUGCAAUACCGGGAGCACCAAAAGUAAACAUCUCAGAGGAUAUAGCGAUUGGCAAAGGCACAGAAGAACAGGUACACCCUGAAGGGAAUAGCCCCUUGAACGAAAUUGAAAAUAUUGUACAUCUUAGUGAGGACCCAGCAGGUGCUCGAAGCCACCUUGUGAAUGAUGAAAAUAAAAACGUAAAGGGGGAGUCCAAUGACACCACCAAGGGGAGUGUCCACAAUGCAAUGAAUAACAGUGGCCAUGAUUUGGUCGCAGGGGAUGAUGUAGGAAUUGCCCCUAGUAGAGACCAAAUGGACGAAACAGGGAAGGAAAAUAACCAAGUUGGAAACAGCGUGUUGAAGGAAGAACAAAAUGAUGGUGAAAAGGAAGGUGCAGGAGAUCAAGCUGAACAACCAAAGAGAGAACCCACCACUGAACAGGAAGAAGUGCUUGUGAUAGACGAAGAAAGCAUCAACCUGGCCAUAAAGGAGUACGUCCUAAAGUACAUUUAUAAAAAGAAAAACGUGGAUUUCUUGUAUGACGAAUUGGCAACUGAACAGAAGGAAACUAACUCGACGGGCAUAGUAGACAGGAAGGUUCGAUACCCAACUGGAUUCCCUCCCUACUUACCAGAUGACUGCUCCAUUAACACCAUCCUCCCUGCGUGGGACAUAAAGUACAAUUUUAAUUGCUCCAAGGGAGAAAGUUAUCAAUGA